AUGAGCAGCCCUGGCUCAGCGGCCAGGGCUGCCCCGAUGGUCAAUGCCUCCCCGCCGCCGGUGACGAUGUCCGGCCCAGCAACCGCUACGGAAGCCACGCCGGGGGCGUCGAGACGAACAAAUUCGAAAUUGGAAAAGGCCCUCGAGGAUCUGAAGCAAAACUUGACGAAAGACCAGAGGGCAAGCUUUCAGGCGUGCGGCAGGGAAGAUGUUGAGGCUGCAAUCAGGUCCAUCCAGGACAGGCUUGGGGCCAAGCGGAGACUGCCAAACCUACAGCGUCUCUCCAAGUUCGUCGAUCUGCUUGGACAGCUCGCCAUUGCCGGUGGUGAUUUUGUCAGCGUCAAUGGCCCAUCCAGCUUCCUCUGGGCUCCCCUUCGCCAUGCUCUUGAGCAGGCUAGUCGCGCGACUGGUACUCAAGGUCACUGUCUGGACAAGCUUGUCGAUAUCCUUGGACAGAUCGGCGACAUUUUCCCGCAGUUGAACGAGUACCACAAGCUCUUCGUUAGUCACCCGGAUGUGAUCCUCAUAGUAGAUCACUAUCAGGAAGUCAUUCUCAAGUUCCAUACCGGCCUCAUGGAGGUAUUCAACAGAUCUGCAUGGCGGAGCGUGUUCGACUCGUCCUGGCGCCGAUUUUCGAAAAUGGCCGACGAGAUCAAAGAAACCCUUCUACGAAUCCGGAAGCUCUUGGACGAAGCAAAGGCGACUGCAUCAGUGCGCGAGAUCCAAGCUCUUCGCUACCAGCUCACGCAGGAGAGCCAAGUAGCUGCUUGCAGAGAGGACGAAGCAUCAAAGGAGCGCCGCCGAGUCCACUUGCAGGAAAUAGUCAACAAACUAGCCGCUCCACAGUAUCUCGAUGACCAGGAAGACCUCCAGCGGCGCACGCACGAGUCCGCACGGGGCGACUGGCUGUUCCGGCACGAGGCAUUCAUUCGUUGGGUCGAUGUUGACGACGAGACCCAUCGGGUCUUGGAUCUGAACGGCUGCCCUGGGGCGGGCAAAACAUUCCUCGUAUCCAAUGUUAUUCGGCAUCUGCAAGAGUUGAAGGGCAAACCCACCGAGGGAAUCCCGUUAGCUUACUUCUUUUUCAAGAACGACACUCAGAGCAAGGUGGGAACGACAUGCACAGCAGCUCUGCGGGCCUUGAUCGAACAGCUUGUCAAGGGGGACUCUAGCCAAACCCUUCUGGAUCAUGCCUUCCAAAUCCUCUCUACCGUCAACACCCCUUCCAAAAAUCAAUUGGCCGAACUGGCGUCGACAGCGCUUCGUUCAAGGCGGUUCUGCUUCCUCAUUCUCGACGGACUGGACGAGUGUGAGACCGCUGAUCGGGAGAUGCUUCUAGACUGGCUCAGGAAGCUGACGUGCACCCCUGGGGAGUCGCCUUUCACACUACGAAUCCUCCUUUCAGGCAGGCGGGAGGACUAUCUCGAGAGGACGAUAGCCACACUCCCACAAACCUCGUCUGUGCGAGUCGAUGCCGUGGAUGGCCACGCAAUCUGUAUCAGGCUUUACACGGAAGAGCAAGCCGAGGCGAUACGAACCAGCUUCAAAGCCAGUCAUGAUACGAGGGAGAUUAUCCUUGACAAAAUCACAUCGAGAGCAGAAGGAAUGUUCCUUUUCGCCCACGUUGUUUUGCAAUAUCUGAUUGCUCUGCCCACCCUGGAGGACCUUUUGGAGGAGUUGCAAGAUGAAGUGUUCCCCUCCCAGCUCGGAGACGCAUACGACCGCAUUGCUGUCCAAGUCCUCGAUCGCCAUCCAAAUCCAUCUUUACCUGCUCGCCCAAAAGAAUCCCGCAAGCUUGUUAUGGCAAAACAGCUUCUCUCAUGGGUGUCUUGUGCCAGCCGCCCGCUUGCCUGGAGGGAAAUCCAGGCACGCUUUAUGAUCAGUACCCAGGCUGGACCCGAGCGGGAUGCGUACACACGGAUGGCAAAGUUCACUCCCAAACAGCUGUGCGGCUGCUUCGUCGACAUUAGCGGUACCGGGAGCGAAUCCGAGAGAACGGUACACAUUGUGCACCGCACAGCCUCAGAUAAAGGCGUUAGCGAAGCCUAA